CAUCAACUAACGUACUACGUCAUAACAUAAAAACCACAACCAAUGAUCCUAUCCAUGUAAAAUCAUACAGAUUUCCCGAAUGUCACAAACAUGAAGUUCAAACUCAAAUAGAGAAAAUGCUUAAAGAUGACAUUAUACAACCAUCAAUGUCUCCAUGGUCUGCUCCUAUUUGGGUAGUCCCGAAGAAACUUGAUGCCUCCGGCCAGCGUAAAUGGAGAGUUGUUAUCGAUUACAGGAAACUAAAUGACAUCACUAUAGGUGACUCUUAUCCUAUCCCCAACAUAAAUGAAAUUCUAGAUCAACUCGGAAAAUCAAAAUAUUUCUCCACGUUGGAUCUUGCUUCUGGAUUUCAUCAGAUCCAAAUGUCUGCCGAAGAUGCUCCUAAAACCGCUUUCAGUAUUCCACAAGGGCAUUUUGAAUUUAAAAGAAUGCCAUUCGGACUCAAGAACGCACCAUCAACGUUCCAGAGAUUAAUGAACUCUGUCCUCUCAGGUCUGCAAGGCACUCGCUGCUUUGUGUAUCUUGAUGACAUUGUAAUAUACUCGUAUGACCUUGACUCUCAUAUGAAUAACCUCGAAAGUGUAUUUAAACGUCUACGAGAAUUCAAUCUUAAGCUUCAACCCGAUAAGUGCGAAUUCCUUCGAAAGGAAGUCUCGUACCUUGGCCACCUGAUCACUGAUGAAGGAGUCAAACCUGACCCAGCUAAGAUCCGAGCCGUAUCUGAAUUUCCAGUUCCUAAAUGCCCGAAAGAUGUAAAAUCUUUCCUAGGGCUUAUGUCUUACUACCGAAAGUUUAUUCCAGAAUUUUCAAAAACAGCUAAAUCAUUAACUUCCCUAUUAAAGAAAGAUACCACCUUCACUUGGAACAACGAACAACAACUCGCUUUUGAAACACUCAAAAAUCGUCUAAUUUCUCCUCCUCUCCUCAUAUAUCCCGAUUUUACUAAACCAUUUACCCUCACCUGUGAUGCCUCUAACUACGCAAUUAGUGCUAUCCUCUCGCAAGGAGAUCCAAAUAGAGAUAAGCCAAUCGCUUACGCAUCCCGGACCCUAAACAAAAGUGAAAUAAAUUACAAUGUUACAGAAAAAGAAUUAUUAGCAAUUAUGUAUGGGUGCAAAACUUUUAGACCUUACCUAUAUGGUCAAAAAUUCAAAAUCAUAACCGAUCAUAAUCCACUUAAGUGGCUUUUUAACCACAAAGACCCCUCAAGCAAGAUGCAAAGAUGGAGAUUGAAAUUAGAAGAGUAUGACUACGAAAUAACCCAUAAAAAAGGCAAAUUAAAUUCAGCUGCAGACGCACUAUCCAGAUACCCCGUCAACCCUGUCAGAAGCUUAAAUAAUAUAAACUCUGACCCAAUUCCCGUCUUACCUAUUUCUGACCCUCUGAUCUCUUCUCAACCUGUACCCGAACAAAAUCCACAUCACUCUAACACAUCUAAUAGUGAAUCUCCUCUUGAAACACUUCCUCUAGACGGCUUACUUACGUCAAGUCCUUUUAACCCUGAUGAUUACAACUUACCUUCACUAGAACCCCUUCAAGAUAUCGAUCUCCUACCAAACAGUCCGUUCAAUCCUGAAAAUGAAAUAGAUGACCGCAAUCUUAAUAACAAUGAUAACAUAAAUCCUCCGACUAACAGUACUCCCAACCCUAUGAUUGAUGAUGAAAACCUACCAAGAAAUCCAUCAAUUAACCUUCCGAGUCCCGAACCAAAUUGUGAAUCCUAUACAGACUUUCUGAAAACUUUAUCAAAUAAUAACCAUACUUACAAUACUAAAAUUUGCGAACAUGCAAAUUCAUUACUAUCAACCGAUUCAAAAAUCAUAGUCAUUCCAACAUCCAUCGACCUCGAUGAAACUAAUCCAUACAUUGAAGAAAUCCUGAAUAACCAAGAAAAUAUCUCUGAAUUCCUUAAUGAAGAAAGAACCUUACAUUCAUUCCUUAACCUGAAUGUUAAAGAUAAAUCUUAUUAUUUUUUAUUCACAAAAGUAUAUCAUUUCGACACUCCUCAGUACCCUCAACUAUUUAAAUCCUUACAAAAUCUCCGAAAUCAUUUACUUAUAGAAAAGGACAUUCCAGUGAAUAUUGCUAUAUCAGACUUUAAUGAUCCAUUCUUUAAACCAACUUAUUCUAAAAUAUAUAACAUUCUUGCUUUUUUAUUCCACAACACAGAUAUUACAAUUAAAAUCUACAAAAACUCAGUAGUUUUUCCAGCCCCUAGCGAGAUUUCAAAAAUCCUUAAAGAAAAUCAUGACCUUCCCAUCGCUGGUCAUGUAGGCACAUCACGAAUGUAUAAUCGUAUUAAAGAAAAAUAUCAUUGGAAAAAUAUGAAAUCAGACAUUGAAAAUUAUGUGAAAAAGUGCAUACAGUGUCAAACGAAUAAGGCGCUAAGACAAAUAAACAGGCAACCGAUGCAGAUAACCUCUAGUUCAACAGCCCCAUUUCAACGCAUCGCCUUAGACAUCGUCGGACCAUUACCAGAAACUGGUCAAGUUAAGCUUAAAUAUAUAUUAACAUUGCAAGACGACCUAACAAAAUACUCUACUGCCUACCCUAUUAGUAAUGCCUCAGCCGAAGAAUGCUGCGAAUGUCUCAUACAUUUUAUAUCUCUUUUCGGAAUACCAAAAAUAAUAUUAACAGACCAAGGUACAAACUUCACCGCCGACCUUUUUAAGAAAACUUGUGAAUUCCUCAAAAUCAAACAAUUAUGGUCUUCGCCCUACCAUCCUCAAACACAAGGAGCCUUGGAAAGGAGCCAUUCUACACUAAAAGAAUAUUUAAAAUCAUACGUUAACGAAAAUCAAACCAACUGGCACAAAUAUGUUUACACCUAUGUCCUAGCCUACAACACUAAUGUACAUACUACUACAAAAUUCACACCCUACGAAUUACUCUUCGGCCAUAAACCCUAUCUACCCGAUUCUAUUUACGAUCCUAGUCCUAGUGGUACCUAUCAUGAAUAUGUUAAAAUGCUAAAUCAUCGCCUCAAAUUAACACGCGAUAAAGCUUUAGAAAAUAUUCAGAAAUCAAAAGAAAACUCCAAAACCUAUUAUGACCGAAGGUCUCGCCCUUCCACGUAUAAAAUCGGUGAUAUGGUAUAUCUAAAAAACCACUUACGUCUACGGAAAGCAUUAUCACCCUUAUGGAAAGGACCAUACAAAGUGGUAAAAAUACAUGGAAACCACACACUUUCCCUUCUCAUAAAUCGACGACACGUAAGACAUCAUUAUGAUGAAAUUAAACAUGCAGAAGUUGAAACCUAAUAAGUAUGAUUGUGUAAUUAAUAUGAUUAAUUAUUUUAUUAGUUUUAUUUCCUCUCUAGUAUAACUUAACUCAGUAGCCUUUAAGUUAAAAACAUUUAUCGUAAAACAUAAAUAAUAAUAAAUACAUUCUCUUACAGCCUGUCGGCACCAUGUCAAGGCCUAUCACGCACUCGAGAAAUUACCAAUAUCGAACAAAUUACGAAAAGCCCUGGCAUUUACUUUAAUCCCUCGGGAUCUGUUAGGAUAAUUAGUGAUUAUUUACAUGUAUUAGUACCAAUGGACAUAGACUACAUUAAACCCCAUAUAGAUAACAUUCAGACGGUUUUGCAUUCAGCCAGAUACUUCUGUACUAAAAACAAUGUGGUUGACGACCUAGAGUGCGAGAAUAUGUUCAUGCCCCUUUUAUCUAUGUUCAAUGAUAUCUCAAGGGACUACCACGCCAUUUCUCAUCUUAUCCAAAGUAAAUCAAAGAGGUCUGCGUGGAUUUCCGGCAUCGGCACUAUUCUUAAACAUAUAAUAGGCACCAUGGAUGAGAAUGAUGCUAUAAGGUAUAAUAAAGCCAUUCAAAUACUUAAAGAUAAUAAUAGAAAAACUCUAGAUUUGAUAAAAGAAAAUAUCCUUAUCUCCAAGUCGGCAAUUAUAACACUCAACGAAUCCAUAAUUGAAAUCAACACUAAUGAACAUAAAUUAAACAAAAUGAUUGAAAACCUAUCUUCCAGUAUUAAAAACCUAACAAAGGCAAGUAAUGCCUUGUUGUUUAAAUCUACAAUACAUGACAUGAUAAAUGUUAUUCAAUCAAAUAUGUUAAACUUGUCCUAUAAACUAGAAGACAUCAUAAACUCAAUUUUGUUUUCAAAAACCAAUACGCUACAUCCAUCAGUCAUAACACCCAAAGAUUUGUAUUAUGACCUUGUUAACAAUGUUAAAUAUCUACCUAGAUAUUCGGAAUUAGCUGUAAGUUUAGAAUUAGAAAACAUAUAUGUACUUAUAAAUCUCUCGGAAAUUAUUACAUGUAUUUUAGAAAAUAAGCUUAUAUUUAGUCUUAAAAUUCCUCUAGUACUCAUUGAUACUUAUACUUUGUAUAAGACAGUACCUAUACCAGUACCCCAUAAUGUAACAUCCAAAUCUUUUGCACUAAUACUACCUACAUGUUCUUAUGUGGCCUUAAAUCAGAGAAAAUCGAAGUAUCUUAAACUCGAUAAUCUUUCUAAAUGUAAAUCUAUUAAUAAGGAAACUCAUAUUUGUAAACAAUUAGAUGAAAUAGAUAUACAAGACUACCCCAUCUGUGAAACAGAAAUAAUGACAAAAGUCUUGAAAUCACUUCCGAAACAGUGUAAAACUAAAUUUUUAUACGGCCAUGCCAACAUAUGGCAAUCCUUAAAUAAUAAUAGAUGGGUCUUCACACUAUCUGAACCCACUAAACUCAACAUUGAGUGCACAGACGAAACUACCGAAUAUAUAGUUUCAGGAACAGGCAUAUUAUCCCUGAAACCAAACUGCACUGGAUUCUGCAAAAACAUAAAAUUAAUAAGUAAAAGUUAUCCUGAAUAUAAAUUCAGUCACAUACACUCAGAAUUCAAUUUAGUAAACGAUACAUGUUGUAACCCAGCAGUGUUUGAAAAUUAUAAUUAUACCGAAUCUAUUACAGGACUGCAUAACUUAGAAUCGAAUAAUUUAGACCAAAUAAUCAACAAAGCUGAUAACAUGCUACAAACCUUAAAACAUUUAAAAUCUCAGAACGAAUCUAUUUCGAUAAGCACUCCCCAUUCCAUUGUCACAUACUUAUUUGUAAUACUAUUUGUUAUUUUUAUAUGUUAUUAUUUUUGUCAUAGAAAGUGCGUGGCUUUUGUGCGUAAAUCUAAACCAAACGAAAACACGACGCAAAUAAACACACCCCCACAAGAAAAUAUUCAACUAAAUACCCAACCGCGAAUAAGAAUCCAUUAAACUUUAUAUUAAAAUAAUCAUCGAAAACUUCGGAAAGCCGUAAGUUUUCGCUUAAAGGGGGAGCUGUUAUAAUAUUAACUAGUAUAUUAAUUAAUUUACCUAAGACCGAAAAGUGCCUCUAGCAGCACUUUCCGGCCUAACAUAUACUAGAGCCCCGUUGGCUCGAUGUCAGUCACUCUGCGUCGUUACUAUGAGCCACACUCUUUCUAAGUAGAAUUUUGUAUCUUCAAAGUGAAUAAAAUCUUUUUUAAAAA